UUCAAAAGUGCCGACUCUUCGCUGUCUCUCACCAACCCGUCUCAAACCUUCACGCUGCUGUCAAAAGGCACAAACUAACUCGAAAUCGCCCCUGUUCCACUGAGAGCUAGCAAGUCGCCAACUUCACGCGCCUUCAAUCACACUAGCCCCGUCGCAUUUUGUCCUCUCUCAUACAACAAUCAUGCCUGGUGACGACGAUUUGAUCGAGGCUGCCAAGUCAACCGCAGUCGAUUACUACGACCUACUCGGCAUUACAUUUGAGAACUCUAGCGAAUCAGAUAUCCGCCGCGCAUACCGUCGCACCGCUCUCAAAUACCAUCCAGACAAAAAUGCCGACAAACCGGACAUCGUCGAGAAAUUCCACUUGCUACAAAUCGCAAACGACGUUUUGUCAAGUCCCGAAUACAAGGCCAUAUACGACAAUGCGCGCCGCGUCAAGCAAGAGAAGGAGGAGCGUCACCAGGCCUUUGAAGGCAGGCGUCGACAGAUGAAAGAGGACCUCGAAAACCGCGAGAACGCCAGUCUGAAGAGAAAGCACCAGGAAGAAGAGGAGGGAGACAAGUUACAACGCGAGAUCCAGCGCCUGGCCGCAGACGGCAAGAGAAGAAGGCUGGAAAGACAAGAGCAGCUGAAUCGCGAGCGCCUCGAGGAGGAAGAACGACUAGAUCGUGAAAAGAACGGCUACAUCUCGCCUCAACAAUCUGCGCCAAAGACUAGUACUACCGGUGUAUCAGACAUUGAUCGAUCUGUCAAAGUCGUAUGGUCUAAGGACGGUCCCGGAGCUGAAAUCGACAAAGACCGCUUAAAGGUCAUGUUCACCACAUUUGGCAAGCUUCAGGACGUGGCUGUGCUUAAAGAAAAGAAGAAGCGCAUAGGCGAGAGCAAGUCCAAGAGCCUUGUCGCAAGUGCUCUGAUAGUUUACGAAUCGGUGGUCGGAGCCCAUGCCGCCAUUUCCGACUACAAGAAGCGGUCAGACUCAGAUCCCGAUUUUAAAGCCUUCGACUCAGUAUAUUGGGCAUCGAACAAGGAACCAGACUUCUUGCAGCGUCCUUCAACAACAGUCCCGUCUACACCAGGCUCUGACAAACCUUCGACACAACGACCUUUGCGCGAUAUUCCUGGUCUGGACUCGCCUAUAACGCCACUCAAGCAAUCAGGGGGUGGCCUUCGUAAGGUACCUUCCUUCGCAUCUUUUAGUAGCGCCAAAAAUUCACCCGUCGCAACUUCUGCAUCGAGCCCCAGUCUCGAGGAACUCACUAUGAUCCGCUUGAAGAACGCGGAGAAACGACGACUGGAGGAACAGAUCAGGAAGGAGGAAGCUGGCGAAGAAGACUAAGAUGCGCUCUUUCAGUGGAAGUACGUACUCAGGAGGUCAAAACUUUGCAAUGUGAUGGUGCUAAUUAGCUUGCGCGAAGAUGCUGGAGAUGCAAAAAACAAUGAUACCCCUUUUGCUACAGGUGAUGUUUCUCCAAUCUUUAUAUGAUUUGCUUACAUUACGUGCUGUAAAGAG